AUGGGUUCUCUGCUGCGUGUUCAGAAUUUAACCAUUGGAUCUAGGUCGUUUGUUCGUUAUCGAGAUAAAGUGGAAAGCGUACUGGACUACAAAGAUUACCCAUUGGAAACGCUCUCUUUGAGUGGAGAGGAACUAAAUCAUCCAAUAGUCGAAACUGCUCCGAAGCUACUAUUCACCGGACUACCUUCCGACUUUCCUGUAAUCCGUCAUCGGAACGUCCAGUUCUCUGGCUAUUUUGACAUCACAACUUCAGUUCAGCAAUUAGUGCAACAUAUGCUGAGUGUCAAGACAAGCAUCGGAGUGUGCUAUGCAUUCUUUUCUUGGCUCGAUCUUAAGAAAACGGCAUUAAUUGAACAGAUCAAGGAAGCUCAUGAAGAACGAGUGAAACUCGUUGUGAAUACAAAAAACGAUACAUUCUCAAAUUGUGUUGUUCUCCAAAUGACAGAAACAUCAGAUCUAUUUGUCUACUGGACAAACGGGACAAUCAAAAUUGAAGUGUUGCCAUCCGGAAGUCCAGUACCAAUUGAGCAUGACGAAUAA